UCUUGUCUCGCUUCUACGUUUCAGGCUUGGCUUCUCUUCAAAAUGAAAUCGUUGAUAUUUUCUGCUAUCAUCGGCAUCGCCCUGGCAGACAGCCGAAACGGAUUCAAUGGAAACGGCAAUAGAUACGGAGCGCCUCCUCCUAGCAACGGGUAUGCGCCCCCAAGUAACACAUAUGGCACGCCCUACGGAGUAGACCCUGAGAUUGCCGCUUUGGCCGAGAACAUUCCCGGGGGCGGCGUCCCCGGUGAGGACUACCCCAUCUUGGCUUCCGUGCCCGACACCGGCUUCUCAUGUGAUGCCCAGGCGGUGCAAGGUUAUUACGCCGACACUGCACGUGAAGCCGGCUGCCAGGUGUUCCAUAUCUGCCAGGACCGCGCCCUCAGGCGCCAACAGGACUCGUUCCUGUGCCCCAACGGUACCAUCUUCAACCAGCAGUACUUGGUAUGUGACUGGUGGUUCAACGUGGACUGUUCUCAAGCUGAGAGCUUCUACUCCGUCAACGAACUCAUCGGAGUCGUUCCCAACGCAGGCUAUGGCUACGCUGCGGCCACCAACGGCAUUUCCCUUAAUGGCAACGGAUUUGGCUCAAAUGGCAAGGGCAGAAAUGGAAACGGCAACGGAAGAAACGGCAACCAAUAUGGCGCUCCAGCAGCUCCUUCCAACGUUUACAAUGGUCCCUUCUAAAUGUAUAGUUUAUUCUACAAGAUCUCACAAUUCUGAAAUUGUAAAUAUGCUUACUUCCUCUUUUUCUCAGAUCUGUCUUUAGGCUCUCAAAUUCCAUUAUUUUUCAAGGUAUUUGCCUUCCUAAUGCUACAUUCUUGUAACUAUUUAUAUAAUUAUAAAGGUAUACAAUCUAUUUAUGAAUAUACAUCUAUUUUGAAAUUAAGAA